AUGACAUUCUCCAUCCUUACCGACGACGAAAUCAGGUCGCUGUUGGACAACCUAACAAUCGACGAGUUCGAGUCAUUCCGCAAGAACCUUAGAGAUGCUCUCCACGAAUACUCUACCGGAGCUCAAACGCCCGGCCAAGCUCUCAUCCACCAGCCUGAGCGAACGGUAGUCCGCAGUGGUGUCACCGGCGCCACCACUCUGUUUAUGCCAUCAUGUAGUCCGGCCGGUCACGGAGUCAAAGUCAUCACCCUCUCCUCCGCCGAGCAAAUAGUCAAGUCCACGCAAGAAGAAGAAGCUGGCCAAGACGCCUCCAACCCGCUCAUCCGGCCCACGGGCGCCAUCACGCUUUUCAACCCCAACGGCUCCCCGCGGGGUAUCAUCCACGCCAGCACCGUAACCGCCUUCCGCACCGCGCUGGCCUCCUUGUGCCUGGUGCACAAGCGCGACCACGUCAAGACCAUUACCGUCUUCGGCUGCGGCGAGCAAGCCUACUGGCACGUGCGCCUCACCUUACUCCUGCGCGGGUCCACCAUCAAGCAUGUCAACGUGAUCAACCGGCGCUUCUCGCCCUCUUGCGGCGCUAUGCUGCGGCGGUUCUACGGGGUCUCGCCUGCCACGAAAGCGCGCGAGGGCUGGACGGAUACGCAGUUUGGCGUUUUGACGCCUAGCUAUGGGGACUAUGAGCGCUUGAUGAGGGACCAGGUGCGGAGCGCGGAUGUGAUUUUCUGCUGCACGCCCAGUACCGUGCCGCUGUUUGAUGGGAAUAUCCUCACGGAAAGGGACGCGAGGAGGAAGGGCAGGCUGAUUGUGGCGAUUGGGAGUUAUACGCCGCAGAUGAGGGAGGUGCCGGUGGAGCUGAUACAGCAGGCGGUCAAGAUUCACGAUCACGCGGGGAAGAGGAUUAUUAACCUUUCAAAGCAAGCGGUGGAGGGCGGCGUGGUGGUGGUUGAUACGCUGGAUGGGGCGUUGAAAGAGGCCGGGGAGUUGAUUGAGGCUGGGUUGGGACCGAGGCAUUUGGUUGAACUCGGAGAACUAGUAAUGCUCCAUCGAAUCAAGCUCUCAGAAUCCGACGACUCUAGCCGCGCCUCAACAGACGUCGACACCGACUCCCUCUCAGCAUCCGCCUCCACCCUAACCAUCAACUCCGCUCCCACCGAAGAAAAGGACAGCAGCAGCAGCAAAGAAAGCAGUGAAAAAGAAAAGCGCCCCCGCCACAGCCGCCACCUCUCCGUCCAGUCCAUCCACAACCUCGUCCGCGGCGCCUCCCGCUCCCGCAGUCGCAGCCGCAACCCCGACUCAGCCGACGCCGACUACGAACAGAGAAAGAAGGAAGAGAAGGAAAAGAAGAAGAAGAAGAAGGAGAAGGAAGACGAGCUGGCCCGCUGGCUGCAAAAGGGCAACGUCAUCUACAAGAGCGUCGGCUUGGGAUUAAUGGACUUGACGGUCGGCAUGCAGCUGGUGGAUUUCGCGGAGCAGAAGGGCGAGAGGAACGGGGUUGGUAGUAUUCCGCUUAUGGGACUGCAGGGGAAGGAGAUGGUGGAGGUGGGGUUGGGGUUGGAACCGUUGGAUGUUGGUGGUGGUGGUGGUCAUGUUGUUGGUGGGAGUGAGACUUCUACUGAACCUGGUACUGGACUGGGGCAUAAGAGCGGUAGUUCUAGGCUGGAUUCGAGUGGGGAUUCUCAAGAGAGCCGCGAUCAGGGCCCGGGAGAAAUUCAUGUGGCUUAG